UUCAACAAGAAAUUCGUAAGUAUAGGUCUCAGAUACAGAAUAUGGAGAAACGACUAAGGAUCUUUGAAAGUGAUCCAUCUGAAAUAACAACCUCGUAUGAAAUCGAGUACCGAGCUCAAAUCCUUGAGGAAACUUUGAAACAAGUUCGCCUGCGCAAGCGGCAACUUUUGGAAGAGAAGUAUAAUCAUAAUUCUCCGAGCACACCAUCAACUUCACAUGCACAUCUUCCUCCGGAAACGCCAGACUUGAAAGGUUUAGCUGCAGAAAGUCCAAAUAAUUGUUUGGAGUGGCUUCCACAAAGAGACCCACAAGUUCAGAUCCUAAAUUUUUUGGAUUCAAACGGCCUUCUUCCUCCGAGAGAUCGACCUGAAAUCUUACAGCCGCCUUCAAAUCCCUUUGAUGGAGAAAACAUAAACAUUUAUGAGCAGAUAAGGCCAAGAGUUGGGUUGCAGGAGGACAAUAAUAUGCAACGUCCUGAGAUUGGACAAGUGAUUGACGUCAACUUGUCCCCAUGGACUGAAUUUUAUCCCACAGGUAAUAGUCCCAUUCCCGCUUCACAACCUAGAGGACGGGCUUUACUCGACCUGUAUUUGUCUCAGUUUACGCCAUCAACCAUCUUGACGCCCAGUGAUCAACAGCCACCGUGAUCAUUUAUUUAGUUUCUCUAUAAAUUUCUUCUUUGUUCUUUAUUUUAUCGCUAAGUUACAUUGAUUUGUUUCAGUUUUCUAAAAAUAAAUUUAUUAAUUGCUUUGUAGUUUCUGCAAUUGUUGUGACAUUUUAAUUGUAAUAAACUUGA